AUGCUGAAGCUCAUUCUUCUCGCUGCGACCUUAGCCGUUGCUGCUGCGUUGGUUCCGUAUCCCUACAAGCCAAUCUACCACGCAGGAGGCCCUGUCUAUAGAGCCAGCAGCUACGCUGCUGGAAGGGGCUACGCCGGAGUCGGUAGGAAAGUCUAUGGGGGUACGUACGCGGCUGGGUACGGUACUUAUGGAAGUUACGCUGACUACGGCACUGGCUACGUUGGCAGCGGUCACGGGCAUGGCUAUAGAAGCGGCUAUGGCUAUGGGAAUUCUUUCGGAACUAGUUACGGAAAAGGUUACAAGAGCUACAAGAAGUACUAA